AUGGGUCUGGAACCCAGCUGGUCAGGAAAUGGAGCCCCAAGGGAACAGAGCAACUCGCUGAGGUCACACCACCAUGACAAUACAGCGAGCGCUCUGAACCCUUCCCAUUUGGUCGAGAGCAGCUCUGCAAAUGAGCAGAAGUCAAAGCGUGGACAUUUCCUGGAUUCGCUGCCAACGCAAAAGAGAGGGAGGGGCCCAGGCUCUGGCAAAGGCACACAGUGUGGAAAGCUGGUGGAAAAAUAUGGAUUUACACAUCUCUCGACUGGCGAGCUCCUGCGGAAUGAGCUGUCAUCAGAAUCUGAAAGAAGCAAGCUGAUCAGAGGCAUCAUGGAACGUGGAGAGCGGGUGCCCUCAGGCAUCAUUCUGGAGCUCCUGAAGGAGGCCAUGGUGGCCAGCCUCAGCAACACCAAGGGCUUCCUGAUUGACGGCUAUCCUCGGGAAGUGAAGCAAGGAGAAGAGUUCGGACGCAGGAUUGGAGACCCACACCUGGUGAUCUGUAUGGACUGCUCAGCAGACACCAUGACCAACCGCCUUCUCCAGAGGAGCCGGAGCAGCCCACAGACAGAUGACAAUACCACCACCAUCGCCAAGCGCCUUGAGACCUACUACCGGGCCUCCAUCCCUGUGGUCGCCUACUAUGAGACGAAAACACAGCUACAUAAGAUAAAUGCAGAGGGCACACCAGAAGAAGUUUUUCUUCAACUCUGCACAGCUAUUGACUCUAUUUUCUGAAGGCAAAAAACGCAUGUAUGUUGAGAGUGGAACAGAGAAAAAUAUUAAAAGGUUCAUCGCUUAACACAGUAUGUUUCAAUUUAAACCUGUGUGUCCCCCGCCUCGAAAUCCUGACAUUGCUGUUUGCUUCCCAGCUUGACCUGAGAGGUGUGUGGAAAUCAUGCAUGGUGUAUUUGGUAUUACCCAGCCUUUUCUUCCUCAGUCAGACAGCAGUCUGCACUCACAGCACGCACUCUUUUCUGUCACCUCAGAGCUAAAUUAGUAUGUGAACAGCAGUGCAGUGCCCAUCUGUCAGGUGUGCCUUCAGAACUAAUCAUUUGAUUCUACUCACCUCAGAGAGGGAGGAGUUAGUGUCCUUAACACCCCAUCACAUCUCCCUUCCUCUCUUCAAGAUUUGUUGUUACCUAAGGCCCUUAAUAUGGGGGGCAAGCUGGGGCAUCUCCCUCUGCAAGCUGUUUCCUCAAAGUCUCAUCCAGCUCAGAAUCACAGAGAUUGGGUUAACAAGUGAACACCAACUGUUCCUAAGAAAUUUGAUUAAAUUUCUAAAAAUGUUAUGAGCUUUUUAAAAUUUGAAAGUGCAUAGCUUUUUCAAAGAUAGCAAAAUCUAGACUAGUCACCCAUAACAUUUCUCUAUUCAUUUCUGUAAAACUGGCAACUUGGAAUACUGUCAUGGAUACUUGGAAUACUGUCACAUUGGCUAAAAGAACAAAUUGGAUAAACUGUCUAACUUAGACUCUUCUAUAAAAUAGUUGGUGCAUCUGGGGAAUUAUACAUUAAUACCAAUGACCACACAGAAUUUCAAAGCAUGAGGUGAUUUGUUAUUACAUUCACUGGACUAACGUCAACUUAUGCCACCUGUGUAGUUACCAAGCAAAUAAGAAAUGUAAUAACAAAACUGACGUGGGAGGAAGGGGCCUGUCAGUACACGAUGUUUUAACAGAGUUUGUUGUUGUAUUUGUUCCAUAAAGGCCCUUUACAGAGGUUUGCAAACCUUAUAUCCAUAUGUAACAUUGUGUUUCCUCAAAUCAAACCAGUGAAGUUUGGGUUCUCUUUUGUGCUACCAGCUGCCAAGUCAGAGUUUCUUAUAUAUUCUACUGGAAUAAUUGCAAUUAGUCACUACAAAAGACCACAGUUUCAGUUUGCAUGAUUUUUUUUUUUCCCUUCAAUGGUUGUGCAGGAUUGAAGGAUUCAUUUCUGGGACAGAAUUGUAUUUUUAAAAUCUUUUUUUUUCCUUGAAAUGGAUAUGUACAAAUAAAAUAAAUGGAACACAGGAUAA